CUGAGACAACAAGCGAAGAUGGCCGGCGAACUUCGGUGGGACAAUCAGGUUGUGGUGGUCACAGGAGCUGGCGGAGGACUUGGAAAGGCUUACGCUACGUUCUUCGCAUCGAGAGGAGCCAACGUCGUUGUCAACGACCUUGGCGGAAGCUUCAAGGGCGAGGGUGGCGGAAGCGCAGCCGCCGACAAGGUCGUCGAUGAGAUCCGUGCCGCUGGAGGCAAGGCCGUAGCCAACUACGACAGUGUUGAGAAUGGCGAGGCGAUCAUACAGACCGCCAUCCAGAACUACGGCCGGAUCGAUGUGCUGAUCAACAAUGCCGGAAUCUUGCGUGAUAUCAGCUUCAAGAACAUGAAGGACCAAGACUGGGAUUUGAUCAUGAAAGUUCACGUCAUUGGCGCAUACAAGUGUGCACGCGCGGCAUGGCCCUACUUUCGGAAGCAGAAGUACGGUCGUGUCAUUAACACGUCGAGUGCGGCAGGCCUCUUUGGCUCCUUCGGACAGUGCAACUAUUCCGCAGCGAAGCUCAGUCAAGUUGGUUUCACAGAGACACUGGCGAAAGAAGGUUUGAAGUACAACAUUCUCUGCAACGUCAUUGCGCCAAUCGCGGCGAGCCGAAUGACCGCUACUGUCAUGCCACCAGAGGUAUUGGACAAGCUCAAGCCCGAGUGGGUCGUACCUCUUGUCGCCGUGCUUACUCACUCCUCGAACGAGACUGAGACUGGCUCGAUCUUCGAAGCUGGCGGAGGGCACAUGGCAAAGCUGAGAUGGGAGCGCGCAAAGGGUACGAUACUCAGGGCAGACGACACCUUCACGCCCGCGGCGCUCUUGAAGAAGUGGGACGGUGUGAGCAACUUCUCGGAGCCUAGCUAUCCUACUGGCCCCGCGAACUUCUUGGAGCUACUUGAGGAUGCACAAAAGCUACCUGCAAACCCGCCUGCGGAGCAGAUCUCGUUCAACGGCAAGGUUGCGCUUGUGACGGGUGGCGGCGCCGGAUUGGGGCGCAUCUAUUGUUUAGCCUUCGCGAAGUACGGUGCCAAAGUGGUUGUCAACGACUUGGUCAACCCGGACAACGUUGUGGCUGAGAUCAAGAAGAUGGGUGGCGAGGCUGUUGGUGUCAAGGCCAGCGCUGAGGAUGGUGAAACUGUUGUCAAGGGCGCUAUCGACGCGUUCGGACGUAUCGACAUUAUUGUCAACAAUGCUGGCAUUCUGCGAGACAAGGCGUUCACAAACAUGGACGACAAGCUGUUCCACCAAGUCCUCGACGUGCAUUUGCGGGGUACGUACAAGGUCAGCAAGGCUGCUUGGCCAUAUAUGCUGAAGCAGAAGUACGGCCGCAUCGUCAACACCACCUCCACCUCCGGCAUCUACGGUAACUUCGGCCAAGCGAACUACGCUGCAGCAAAGUCCGGUAUUCUCGGCUUCUCCCGCGCUCUCGCCAGAGAAGGUGCGAAGUACAAUAUCUACGUCAACACGAUUGCGCCCAAUGCUGGAACUGCCAUGACCGCUACGAUCAUGCCGGAAGAAUUGGUCCAAGCUUUCAAGCCGGACUAUGUCGCUCCCGCGGUACUCCUUCUCUGCUCUGAUAAGGUUCCUGCUCCCCCAACUGGCCGUCUGUUCGAAGUUGGCUCUGGCUGGGUCGCUGAAACCCGCUGGCAACGCAGUGGUGGAGCACAGUUCCCCGUCGAUGUUACGCUUACUCCCGAAGCCGUUAAGUCUAAGUUGCAACAGCUGUUGAACUUUGAGGAUGGCCGGGCCGACCAUCCUGAGGAUCCGUCUGCGGGUACGGAGAAGAUCAUGGCAAACAUCGAGAAUCUCAGCCAAAAGCCCGCGAAGAAGUCUCAAGGUGCCUAUGGCAAGGUUGAUGAGGGUGUACUUGCAGCCAUUGAGAAGGCGAAGAGUGCGAAGGCGCAAGGUACUGACUUCAUCUACGAUGAGAGGGAUGUGAUUCUUUACAAUCUCGGCGUUGGAGCGAAGCGUACUGACCUUCCGCUCGUGUUCGAGAAUGACGAGAACUUCAUGGUGCUCCCUACCUUUGGUGUGGUCCCAACAUUCAACGCUGUGGCGCCUUUUAGCAUGGGUGAAGUCGUGCCAAACUUCUCGCCUAUGAUGCUUCUGCACGGCGAGCAGUACCUCGAGAUCCGAACGUUCCCUAUCCCAACCGAAGCCACGACGACUUCAUACCCGAAACUUGUCGAAGUGGUGGACAAGGGCAAUGCGGGCAUUGUGGUUACGGGCAGCACUACCAUCGACAAGAAGAGCGGUCGCGAGCUCUUCUACAACGAAUCUACCGUCUUUAUCCGUGGCUCUGGCGGCUUCGGUGGUGCACCCAAGGGCUCAGACCGCGGCGCAGCGACACGCGUCUACAAGACUCCUUCUCGCGCCCCAGAUGCCGUGGUUGAGGAGAAGACGACCGAAGAGCAAGCAGCCAUCUAUCGUCUCUCCGGCGACCGGAAUCCACUGCACAUUGACCCAGAGUUCAGCAAGGUCGGCGGCUUCAAGACGCCCAUUCUGCACGGACUCUGCUUCUUCGGCAUCGCUGGUAAGGCGGUGCUACGGAGUUUCGGCAUGUUCAAGAACAUCAAGGUUCGGUUUGCGGGCGUUGUCUUGCCGGGGCAGACGCUUGUGACGGAGAUGUGGAAGGAGGGCAAUGUGGUUAUUUUCCAAACAAAGGUCAAGGAGACGGGCAAGCUGUGCAUCGCUGGUGCUGGGGCAGAACUCAUGAAUGGUGCAGCGAAGCCGAAGCUUUGAGGGUUGGGCAGUGACUGUUUGAUGGCUUGUGUAUAGGCAUAAUUGGCGUAGUAUGUUGUUUCUGAAUGGUCACCCAAAGAUAAUCGUGGAAAGCAGUUACCUCGGUCAUACGUGCCGACAGCGCGGCUGAGAGCACACGCAAUGCGACC